GCGGCGCUGGUUCGCGGCGCUGAGAGGCUGGAGCCAGAGCCUCGCAGCCAUGAAAAAAAAUGUGACUCGAUGAUGGAGAAGAUAAGCAUUCUGCUUCGUGGCCAUUAAGUCAGCAGGUACCCACCAGUUGACUGCAGAGGAGAGGAGCCAGAUGAUACUUGACCUUAAGGAAGCAGGAUGGUUGGAAUUAAGUGAGAGAGAUGCCAUCUACAAAGAAUUCUCUUUCAAAAAUUUUAAUCAGGCCUUUGGCUUUAUGUCCCGAGUUGCCCUACAAGCAGAGAAGAUGAAUCAUCACCCGGAAUGGUUCAAUGUGUACAACAAGGUCCAGAUAACGCUCACAUCGCAUGACUGUGGGGGACUGACCAAAAGAGAUGUGAAACUGGCCAAGUUUAUUGAAAAAGCAGCUGCUUCUCUGUGACUCCUUCUAAAAUGCAUGUAGAAUCUUACAUACACAUCUAGCUGCAAUGGACUUUGAAGGCAGUUUAUAUGAAUAAAUUAAGUUAUAAAUUUAGUUCACCUUUUGAACUAUCACAUUUUGUAAAAUCAGUGCUUAAAUAAAAAUGAUUUAAACUUGA